ACCCAGCAUCGCAACCUCUCAACCUCUCUCUCCCACUCACGAUACCACGACUCGACGACCAUCCCCGACAAACGAAUUCCAUAUAAACCAGACCUCCCGGUUUCCCUCGAACUGCCACAUACGCAGACCCUCAAUCGAGCACGAAAUCUAAACCCUCAAAAAAAAGCACCGCCAAUCGCGCGCAAUGCGCACGUGCAACCCUCCAAAAUGACAUCGGAAUCAUCAUCACCAUCACCAUCACGACACCCGACCCUUCCCUCCUCGCCGUACCCCUAUGCCUCCGCCCCGGAUAUCAUCCGCGCCCACCAAAAGGACGCCUACUACAAGGGCCACCUCUCCAACACCUUGACUUCCCUCCACCGCCUCCUCCUCGGCGCCCGCUCCGCCCACGCCUCCACGUCCCUCCACACCCUCCUCGCCGACACCCUCUACCUCGGCCUCACAACCCUGCCCGGCAACCGCACCCUCGGCGAGGAGUACUGCGACCUCGUCCAGCUCCACGUCGGCUCCGAUCCGGAAUCCCACGACCCGGCCGGCGCCCUCCCGACCCUGCCCCGCCGCGCCGCCUACAUCGCUUCCUCCGUCCUCCUCCCCCACCUCCUUGCUCGCCUUCUCCCCUCCGUCCGCGCCCGCCUGCGCUCCUCCCUCGAACGAAUCGCGCUUUCCUCAUCAUCAACCUCCUCCUCUGCCGCCGCCGCAAAAAGCCCAGACUCCAGGCCGUCCGUCCGCGCCACCGUCGCCGCAUACCUCCUCGCCAACCUCCCCUCCAUCACCUCCGCCGCGCCCCUCCACGCCGCCACCCUCGCAGUCUUCUAUUUCACGGGCACUUACUACGAGCUCGCCAAGCGCCUCCUCGGCCUGCGCUACGUCUUCACCCGUCGCGUCCCGGACUCCCCUGACCGCGCCGGCUAUGAGGUCCUCGGCGUCCUUCUCGUCGCCCAGCUUGCCGUCCAGUCCUACCUGCACGUCCGCUCCACCAUCUCCGACCUCUCCACCACCCGCGCCUUCAAUGCCGACGCCCGCGAGCGCGCCGCAGGACCCCAUGCCGUCAACGUGUCCCUCGACGCGAACGCCUACGCCGCCAACACUGCCGUUCUACUGUCCGACGCGGCCGCGACGACGACGACGACAGCCCCCGGCGCCAAGCUUGACGUCGCCGUCGUGACACACACCCCCGCCGUUCCCGAGGCCACCGGCGCGCGGUUCGACCUCUCCGACGACGCCGUCAUGGCCUACAUCGCCGGCGCCGCACAGCGCAAGUGCACGCUGUGCCUAGAGGAGCUCAAGGACCCGUCGGCGACGCAGUGCGGCCAUGUCUUUUGCUGGGCCUGCAUCGGCGACUGGGUGCGUGAGAAGCCCGAGUGCCCGCUCUGCAGGAGGGAGGCAAUGGCGCAGCAUAUCCUGCCGCUGCGGGUUGCGUGACGU